AUGAUUCUAAACUCCUCCAACCAGAAUGAACAAACGAUUACAAAUCAGCUGAAUCCAAAGAAAGGAACUUAUGAACCCAAACGCGUGAAGCUACAAGGCUUGAACAACAAAAUGGAAAAAAUAAAGGUAGAUCAAAAAAUCCUGAUGACGAAAGGGAAGGACUUAAUAAAAAACCUGCCCGUAGAGAUAAGGAAUGUGACAGGAGUAGACAAGAGGGAUUCCCAAAAACUACGUCAGAAUAAGGAUUUCUAG